AUGUUUAUUGCCGAAAUCCUGUUAGUUUUUCUAUUCUGUUACCACAUUUUCUACAUAUUCACCUCUCGUUGCAACGUUAUUAAAACUAUUAUAACAAUUGUUAUGUCAAAUACAAAUAACACAGGAUCAACGCGAAGUCAAUGCUACGAUCUGGGUUUUGAGCAUGCUUUGUUCGAUGCGCCAAAAAGUGUAAUAGAUCAUGUAGACCAAUCACUCGAUAUUCUGCAAGGAGGCUGUCACAAAGGAGAAGGCAAAAAUAAAGUUUUAAUUGGAGGUGUGUGUGAAUGUGACAACUCAACAUUACAUAUAUCAAAUGAACGCGGCGCUGGUGUAUGUUAUUCCUGCGUACGUUGUCCAAAGCCAUUUACUCCUGAUCUCUCGUCUGUUAUGCAAGUUUAUACGUCUACAGGCUGGUGUUCUAUGAUGAGUAAUUCAGAUUCGGUCGAUGCCACUUUUAGUCGAGAUGCUGCUCCGCCUGGACUAUGUUACACCAGAGGAUGUUCCUGGCAGAUCGUAAACGGUGCUAAAACAUGGGUUUGCUGUUGUGACGGUAGUCUAUGUAAUGGGGAUCCUCCGACAACCCUCUGCUAUGAUUGUACGAAUUGUCCAAAACCAUUUAAUCGAAAGAGUCUAGGAGUGUCGACAACAGAUUCAAGAACGGGCUGGUGCUACCGUCGAAGCACUUCGAAUGAAGACUAUGCAUCUGUAGAUCGAGGAGUCGCUCUAUCAGGCAUCUGUGCUUGGAAUGAAUGCUCGUGGAAAAUCAUUGACAGAAGCAGAUAUUGGGUUUGCUGUUGUAAUGGAGACAAAUGUAACUCGGCAGUUUCAAUGUCAACAUCUGUUAUUUAUAAAUUGAUCACUGGAGCAUUGCUCAUUGUUAUGUUUCAGAAGAAGUUUCUUGUCUAA